AUGUCGUCGAUCGUGUCACUUGCUCUCUCGCCGCCGAUUCGUUUCACUCACUUCUCCGUGUUGUUGCUGGGCCUGCUGACCGUCGGCUGUUCGGCUGGCCUACACGACAGUUUUGUGCCGGUUCGAUUUGCCGAAAACGACGCCAACGCCAACGCCAACGAGCACGAGCAUGACAACAGCAACAGCGGUCAUGACGGUGGUGGUAGUGGUGGUGGUGGUGGUACAGUUCUGCGAACCGCCAGACCAGCGGGAUCUGGUGACUCUGACGAAGCGUCGCUCGAGGCGUCGGAGGAGGCCUGCAGCGAGCACGGUUGCGCCUUGUUACCGCCCGAUCGGGAGGUGUUAGUCUGCGAGCCCGACCAGCCGACCGGCCCGGCGUCAGACCAACCGUCGGCGCGGCAAGCGCAGUUGCCAAGACGACCGAUUGUGUGUUUGGUGAACCCGACGACGGGGGAGAUCCGAUUGGGCAGCAAAGAGUCGAUUCGCCGCCUACGCAGCCCCAGCUUCGUCAACCUCUUCGCCAGCCUCUCGCCGUUGGUACCGCCGACCGGACACAUGUCGUUGCAUCUGCAACUCAACGUGCUCGAGUUGCCGGCCAACCUGUUCGCCGGGGUGGGACAGACAAUCGUCGAGGUGAGACUGUUGAAUGUGGUGGCGGUACAUCCUGACGCGUUGAUCGACCUGCGUCGGUUGCGCACCUUCGAGAUUGACACGCAUCAAAGUCCCAAACAGUUGUCCGAUCGCACCAGCGACGGCCAGACGCACCAUUUGGACCCGGCAACCGCUUUCCUCCGCCUCCGGCCGCUCGACGGUACCGCGCCGAUCGCCUUCAACCUGGCCGUUGUCUGUUUCCGUUGCCCUCGUCUCGCUGAUCCACCGCCACCCUUCGCGCUGCGAUCAGCCGGUGAUCCGAUGAUUGUGAUCGGAUUUCCCGGCCAAUCAUCCGCUGAGCCGCAACACGCCUACACCGCCGUCUAUCCCUAUUCGUGUCCCCUGGCGACCGAGCAUCCCGGCUGCCCUCGCGGCCCGCACGACUCGCAGGUGGCCGCCGGAGUCAAUCGUAGCCUUGGCAACGCGACAUUGGCCGAGCUGCCGCCGAUCGGGCAAGAAUGGCGGUUGAAUGAGGAGACGGUGGUUGCGGUUGCUAGGGUCGACGGAGGCGAUAGAACGACUGGCCGUUCGGAGAGGACCUACUUUUUCACGGUUCUCGUGUUGGCAGUUUGGUGCACCCUUUUGACGUUCUGCAUGUUGCUGGUGCUCGCUUUCAUUCUGCGCCGGUUGCGCAGCAACAAAUCGAUCCAAUCUCCGCGGCUCGGCAGCAGCAAACGUGCGCCCGGUAACUGGUCCGACUGGACGGGCUGGCCGAAUCGUUGGAGCCGCGCCGGUGGUUGGUUGGACCGACUGUUGGUGCCCACGUCACGCAGACGCACCUCCACCCUCGACGAGUUCCCCUCCGCCUCCACCGGCAGCGCCUAUUUGCCCAGCGCCAGGCCGCUUGGACCGCUUGGCAACGGCACAACCGCCAGCUGCCUGUAUCCGGGUCUGUUGGGCCAGUUGCCACGCUCCAACACGUUGUUGGUCGACUCGAUCUCGGCCUCUUGGCACAACGCCGGCCUCUUCCCCUACGCCUAUCCGCUGGGCAGCAUGCCCAAUCUGGCGCUGGACGGCGACGACUACGACGCCGAGGCGGAGGUGGAGGUGGAGACGGAAGCGGAGUCAGGGCGACCACGAACCGGCCAAUCGGGCGCCGGGUCUCGAGGCACCGGGCGCUGGUCGGCCGGCCGGAGGGCCGGCAUGCCGCGUCGACGGCCCGGCGUCGCGACACAACGCAACUCGGCCACGUUUCUGUCGCCCUCGACGUUGCCAGGCUUCGUCGCCACCAACGCCGUCCGAGUCCACUCGGUCGCCGCGCCGUCCGGACCCCACGAACCGGGCGGUCUGCAGCGCCCGCAGUUCGGCCAAUCAACGACGUCGGGCCUCGUCAACACCCGCCCGCCCAGCCGGACCAGUCAGGCCAGUCUGCCAAUCGCAGCUGGCGCCAACAGUGUCCAUCGUCAGACCGGCAGCGGACAGACGGUCGCGGUUGUCACGGCGCCGAGUCCUCGAGAUGUUCGAGCUCGACUCUCUGAGGUCUACGGCGCCCAGUUCGGACAAGACGAGCGAAUCCUGCUUGUCGUCGACGACCUUUUGAUGGGCCCGUCGAGACGGACGGGCCAGACUGCGCUGCGGGCCGAGCCUGAGCCCGAGGCCGAGGACAGCGAUGGACCGAGUGAUGACAUUUCAGAGUCGGGCAUCUACGAGAACAUGCAAAUGUCACAGCAGAGGGUUGGGCUGCUGCAACAACGACUUGUGCAGGGAUGA